AUGACAGCAGGACGUUCUGGAGUUCGGUGGACGGGGCCAGCCGUUUGCGGCACCAUCGCCCGUGGCAAUCUAUCCAUGAUGCGGCUGCUUGUGGACUUCGAGGCCAACUUGAACGGGCGCGUGAUUAAGUUCAACGGGGAGCCAAAUGUAACACUGCUCUAUGAUGCAAGUUACUUCGGCCAUGCACACCUGGUUCGCUACCUGCUGCAGCAGAAGGGCAACCCUGACACGGCCGUGAAGUUUCAGGAUGACAUGACUAUCACGAAGACGGCCCUCCACAUCGCUGCGUCCUUGGGCCACGAAGAAGUCGUGCGCGUGCUGCUGGCGGCGAAGGCCCAAGUCGCCCACGCUCUGCCCAGCGGGGGUGGUCCGCCUGAGCUCCGGGACGCCGUAGAUGGCUGCCACGUGGAAGUUGUGAAGCUUCUGGUCCAAGGCAAGGCCGACGUCUUCGGAGGUGACCUGGGCAAGCGCGGCAUUGACCACAUCUUCGAGGCGAACAAUUCUGUCCUGGUGGCGGCCACUGCAACCGGCUUGAAGCAAUCCACAUCAGCUGGAACUUCGUCGAUGCUUGUUGAGGAUUUCAUCCACUUCCUUUCCACGCCAGACGCGGAGGAGAUCGUAAAUGCAGUGUUCUGCAACUGCGAGCUGCGCUACUGGCAACUGCGCUUGACUUGGCAGACGCCCAUAGGACAGCAGGACCACAUGGAUGAAGAGUUCUUCUCCCAUCUGCUGCCCCGACGAUUUGACAAAAUUCCGGGCCAGUCACAGAUACCUGUGCACAUCUACCAGUGCCUCUUGCCCGGCUUGCACAGAAACCCAGAGGUGCUGUGGGUUAUUGCAUCUGGUGUAAAUGAUCGCAUCUUCGAUCAAAAGGGGGCGAGGGCAAUCAUUCAGCUGGCAUGGAGGGAGGCUGAAAUCUGGCAGAUCAUCGCAUUUGUGCUAGACGUCAUCAUGGCAGUUCUUUUUGCUUUGAUGGCCCUGCUGCAGCAUGACCCUCACUGGAUUCCAGCCGUCUGGUUGCGGGCUCCUUGCCUGGUCGUCGCGGCGUUGAUCUGGCUGCGAAAAGUCAUCCACGAGAUCUUGUCUUGUCGUGGGCAUUUCGCCCACGGCAAGCUCAAGCAGCACUUUCUCUCUAUGGGCUUUGCAGGAGAUGUUGUCCGAAUCUCCAUCACGGCAGUCAGUCUAGUUGGCUUGGCCGUGAGCUGGGAGUCAUUUCAGAAGCAUCAAGAGCUAGUCUUUGCAUGCACCGGGUUCCUGCGGUGGCUCCGCGUUCUCAACAACCUCAAGGGCUUUGAGAGCACUGGCAAGCCCAUGCUACCCAUUCUGCAAGCUGUACCUGCCACGAAGGCUACUGGCCCUUUCUUUUUCGUGGUCUUCUGUUGGUUUGCGGCCUUCGUUCACUUGUACUACUCCUUUGGGCUGGGAGAUUUCUGGAGUGGCGCGACCAUACUGUACAACCUGGGCUUCUUAGCAGAGACCUCAAACUCGAUCCUGCCCGAAGAUGGCGAGUCGGCAGAUUGGCGUCUCCUGGUGGAUCUCGUGGUGAUGGUCAUGAGCUUCAGCAUGUCAAUCAUCUUGCUCAACGUGCUGAUCGGCGUGCUGGCCGAGAGCUACAACAGAGGAUGGGAGCAUCGGGAGCGACUCUUUCUCUUGGAGAGGUCGCGGUUUCUGGUGAAUCACUUCACCAUGUCCUACGCGUGGAAGAAAUGCCCCUGCCAAAAGCGCCGGGUUCGUGGUGAGGAGGAUGUGGAUUACGUCUGGUAUGCCUAUCCACGCACACCGUCGACAUGGGGCGAUAUCAAUUCUGAUUUUGACAGCAUGGACAUGAAUGUCCACGAGAAAAUGUCCGAGCUUCGACGCGAGGUGCGAGAAGCAAUGCAGAAGUUUGCGGAAAAGGCGCAGGCUCAGGAUCCGACUCGUGUGGCCGAUGUGGAGCGAAAGGUCGAUGAUGUCCGUGCCAAGCUCGACCACUUGACUUCGAUGCUCCAGGACCGGAGCAGCGAGAUGUGGAGCUGA